GUGUGUGUGUGUGUGUGUGUCUACAUUGCGUGUUGAUAUGUGUGAUCGUAUUUGUGUGCAUUUGUGUUUGAGACCAAUAUAAACUGUACAACCUGAAAAGUGUGCAGUAGCUGUAAUAGUUGAAAAUAUAUUUUUACCACUUUACCCUGACUAUUAGAAUAAUAGGCCUACAUAAUUACAAUUUUAAUUAUGAAGAUAUAUCAAGAGUUUAAUUUCAAAAUUAAAAACCAUUUUACCAAAACUUUUUUCAAUAGUGCUUUUAACUUUGGAAAAGGUAUACUUCUGAGAUUACACCAUCGCUUUAAGAACAAUAGAUGUAUUGAUGAUGUUCUACUAUUUGCAGUAAUAUUAGUAGACUUUAGGUUAAGAUUUUCAAUGAAAUUAAAAGCAGAUUCAUCUUGCUAUAAUGAAGGAACACAAAUCACUGGUUCAGUUCCAAAGAGUGAUAAAGGAAUCUAUAAAUUUUGCAUUUACAAGAUCCUGCAACGAAGGCGUUGUAAGUUACUCUUUCUGGGCACCGCAGGUUCGAGCAGCACCGACGUUAAGGAAAACCGAAAUCUGGACAACGUGUCCUGCAAAGAUGGGCUGGGAGUGGCUGAACAGCUCCCCAAUGGAAGCGGCCUGGGCAGUCGAAAGCGCCCCCUAGAGGAGGGAAACAGUGGUCACACACACUCCAAGUUCCGUGCCAAGAAGCGCAAGAAAACACCAGGGCCAGUCUUGCCCAAAAAUGCUCUGAUGCAGCUGAACGAAAUCAAACCGGGUCUACAGUACAAAUUGUUGUCUCAGACAGGACCAGUCCAUGCACCAGUUUUUGUCAUGACUGUGGAGGUCAAUGGACAGAUGUUUGAGGGCAUGGGCCCAACAAAGAAGAAGGCUAAACUGAAUGCAGCUGAGAAAGCACUGCGUUCCUUCGUCCAGUUCCCCAAUGCCUCUGAGGCACACCUGGCCAUGGGUCGAACACUGACGGUGAACACAGACUUUACAUCUGACCAAGCUGACUUCCCAGAUAUGCUCUUCAACGGCUUUGAGACACCAGCCGCACCUGAAGAGUCCUUCUAUCUAGGCUCCAAUGGUAGCAGCUCCUUAAACUCACUAGGAGAGUACCCACUGCCCACACCACCUGGCAGCAACCUUGUCCAGGCCCCAUUGCCCCCUCCAUUGGCAUUCAACUCGCCCUCCAGUGGCAAAAACCCAGUCAUGAUCCUCAAUGAGCUCAGGCCAGGCCUCAAAUAUGACUUUGUCUCAGAGAGCGGGGAGAGUCAUGCCAAGAAUUUUGUGAUGUCAGUAACAGUGGAUGCACAGACGUUUGAAGGCUCAGGGCGCAACAAGAAGCUGGCUAAAGCCCGGGCAGCACAAGCCGCCCUCUCCGCUCUCUUCAACAUGCAGCUAGACCAGACACCAUCCCGGCAACCCAUUCCGAGGGAGGGAUUGCAGCUUCACCUACCCCAGGUUCUGGCUGAUGCCGUCUCCCGCCUGGUGGUGGAUAAGUUCAGUGAGCUGACAGACAACUUCACCUCCCCCCAUGCGCGACGGAAAGUCCUAGCAGGGGUCGUCAUGACAACAGGGACAGAUGUGAAGGAAGCACAGGUCAUUUGUGUCUCCACAGGAACCAAAUGCAUCAACGGUGAGUACAUGAGUGACCGCGGCCUGGCACUCAAUGACUGCCACGCUGAGAUAAUCGCCCGACGCUCGCUCAUCAGGUACCUCUACACUCAGCUGGAGUUCUUCCUCAGCAACAGCAAGGAGGACCAUUUGAAGUCGAUAUUUGUGCACUGUGACAAGGGAGGCUACAGGUUAAAGGACAACGUUCAGUUCCACCUCUACAUCAGCACCUCGCCCUGCGGAGACGCCAGGAUCUUCUCCCCACACGAGGCCGGAGUGGAAGACCAAGGAGACAGACAUCCAAACCGGAAAGCACGGGGCCAGCUAAGGACCAAAAUUGAGUCAGGGGAAGGCACCAUCCCUGUGAGGUCCAGCAACACCAUCCAGACCUGGGAUGGAGUGCUGCAAGGAGAGAGGUUACUCACAAUGUCGUGCAGUGACAAGAUCGCAAGGUGGAAUGUGGUGGGCAUCCAGGGCUCUUUGAUGAGCUACUUCACGGAGCCAAUCUACUUCUCCAGCAUCAUCCUUGGCAGCCUUUACCACGCUGACCACCUCUCCCGGGCCAUGUACCAGCGCAUCGCAGAUAUCGAGGACCUGCCCCAGCAGUUCACUCUCAACAGGCCUUUACUCAGUGGUAUAAGUAAUGCGGAGGCCAGGCAGCCAGGCAAGGCACCAAACUUCAGUGUGAACUGGACGGUGGGUGACCAGGCCCUGGAGGUGAUCAAUGCAACCACAGGCAAGGACGACAUGGGUCGCGCUUCACGUCUUUGCAAGCACACCCUCUACAGCCGUUGGGUGCGCCUACAUUCUAAGCUGUCCUCCAUCUUGCGGAUCAAGGUGCUCAAGCCCAGCUCCUACCAUGAAGCCAAGCAGGCAGCCACAGAGUACCACUCGGCUAAGCAGGCGCUCAUCAAGGCCUUCCACAAGGCCGGCCUUGGGGCUUGGGUCAAAAAGCCCAUUGAGCAAGACCAGUUCACCCUCAGCUCCUGAGGGAGUCAAGGGGACCAAGGGAUUACUAAACCCCCCACUCCUUCCCCCCUGACCCAGGCCUGAAAGCAAGAGAGCCCCUUAUUAACAGCCAGCCCACACAGACACUUACCUCCGUCCCAUAUGUCGGCGCGCACGUGCACUUUGUACUUGGGGAAAUAAACGUGCGUAGUUUCACAAAACAUCCAUAGCUCCUCAUUCUCAUUCCUCAGAAGACCUCAGCCUCACCCUGUCUUCUCCUUUUAUUUGAUUUUUAAUGGAUGGUGUUUUUUCAUCUACUUGUUUUCUGUUUUAAAACUGGAAUCCACGGUUUUUACACCACUCAGUUGUUUAUCUUUCCCGAAGAGAAAUCACGUUGGAAGAUGAAAUUAUACAGUUUUGUCUGUUUUCUUCAUCAGUGAUUGUAGCCAGUUUAGGGUGAAAUGUAGCCUAGAAACACAGGAUCUUUGUUGAGUAAAACCAGUGUGUAUGGACCUAAAAAAUAUAUAUACUUGCUAAAAUUAACGUCUAUGACGAACUUUAACUUAAAGAUGCAUAAAUCUUCAGGAUGUAAAUCUGUUACUGAAAAGAAAGAGAACAUAAAAUAGUUAUAACAUUUAAUGUGUGUUAUUUGGUCCGUUGCUUAGAUGAGACUACAUGUUGUUAGCUCCUGUAUUAAAGAUGAAAAUGUUAUAAAAUAUUGUGGCUCUGUUUGAUUCACUGACUGGACAGAAUAUACAGUACAGGCCAGGUGACACAGCAGUUUAGUAAACUUUUGAUUAAUGUUUAUGUCUUAUUCAUUCAUUCAUGCAUUUUUUUCUGUAAGUUAUAUUAUGCCACUCUCAUUUCAUACUUGAACACUGAGGGGUCUUGUUGACUCCUUCCCCUCGCCUGGGUCUUGGGAAAAGCUUUGGGAGGUGCUGCACGUUGUAUUUUUUUCUUGAUCUAAGCCAUGGCUUUGCAUGGGAACUGAAUUGGGAGGCCUGCAGAGCAGAAAAAGGCGUGGUGGAGAGCUCCGUGCAUCCAUCAGUGAAUGAUUUUGAAUGAAUGCCAGCAUCUUCCUCCACAGGCAGCUUUGAAUCUUCGUCUCUGUUUUCUAGAUUUCUUGUGACUUAUUGUUUGUUUGUUUUGGGGGGAGGGACAGGGACAGUAUUGUUUUCCUUUUUUUCUUAGGAUUGGGCAUUUGAGGAUAGGGAAUUAUAAUAGAGAAAAUAGUGAUAGUAUAUACAGACCUCUCAGAUCUUGUAACUAUGUCACUUUCUGGAAGGGAUCCGUGAUAGCCAUCAGUUGAACUUUUAAUAGAAGGCAUGGUCUAUGUACUGUAGUGCCAAAUACAGUACUAUAUACGAAGCUACAUUCACUAGAUGCCACAUUAUGUCAGUCUGUAGUGAUUGUUUCCGAUGCAAUCAUGUUGUAAUCCCUCCACAUAAUUCUCUCUGGAAACACCUAGAGGAGCAGUGAAGUACCAUGCAGUCCCUGUAUGAAGAGACUCCAAGUUGUAUGCUAAUACAGUAUCUGAUCAACUCUACCAGUAGGUUGCAACCAAAUGUAUCACAAUGUGAUGUCACUUUCGUCCUCCUCUCUACUUCAGAAACAUGUUAGUUGCAUAGUUCAAGAAGACCUUUGUGAUUUGGUUUGACACCUGUACACCCUGAGUGCAUAAAUGUCCCUGUGUUUUAAAUGUGUAAAUGAGGACGAAUUUCCAAGUAACCGCAGUGAAUUCCUGUUCCGAGCUGUGGGAAAUGUAUGUUUGUGUAUGCAAUCUAUGUGUGUGCUCAGGCGUCUUUAAGCAUAUUCUGUGGAAUCUCCACCAAAGAUGAUGAUGUCCAUGUGUGUUUCUGUCUCAGUGUUUUCCUUACAAAGAUUUUUUUUCCUAAUACCUUACACAUUUUUUUUUUUUUAAUCAACCCUUUACUGUUUGGUUUUUGUAUAUCCACUGAACAAUGUACUUUUUGAUUUGUACAAACCAGUGUAUGCAUUUCAAUACGGGGGGAAAUUGAAUUGUCAGGCUUCUUUAGUGCAUCUGUUGCUGUCAGUGGCCACGUGUAUAUUGUGACCUGCGAUCAUUAUGGCUGCAGUACACUGUAGUAGAUUUGUGUAUAUAAGGAAGACGACAAAAAUGACAAAUUCUGUUCCCUGUACAAUCAAUUCAUCCCACUCUCUUGAAAACUGUGUUAGACCUUUCCCUGUUGUUGGGAUAGUGAAGAUGUUAAUGUUCCUAAGUAUUAGUGGUUCUGUGUGACUCACUGGGCACUAUAAAGCAUGGCACUAACACUGCCGGGGUUAUUACAGGCUUGUAGCCACCCAUGUUAAAAACAAAUAAAAAAUAUGCAUUGUAAGGUGCCUCAGCUAAAAGUGGCAUCCACCAGCUGGCACAUGUGAUGUCAUAUAUGUACCUUUUUCACUUACGUUUGGUUGUUUUAUGAGUUGGUAUUAGAGAAGAAGAAGAAAAAGGGAAUCUCCCGGAGUUGACUUGAAGGUGAAAAUGUUUAAAACAGUGGGUUCCAGUGCCCCCUGACAAACAGACCCAGACCAAAGUCACAAGCAAUACUCCUGAUGUCUCCUUUAAUGUCACCCCAUCACAAACAGGAGUCUGAAUGACGUUUCCCUCCCCAUUUGCUCCUCCAGUCUUUGUCUCCUGUUAUAUUCUCUCUCCAAAAAGCUGUCUGAGGUUUGUUUUUUUUAUAUAUAUAUAUAUAUUAUAUAUAUAUAUAUGUAUAUGAUAUAUAUAUUUUGCCCCUAAAGACUGCCUGCUUCUAGAGUUUUGUUUUUCUUUUGACUGCACUAAAGAUGUCAACUGAUGAUGUCAUGAUGAAUAACCGUCCCCGUUUAUGGAUCGGAUGGCAACUAUCAAAGCAAGAACUGUACUGCUUCUGCUUAACCUUUUGUGAAUCCUCACUGAUGGUCAGUGCCCCACCCCACCCCCCACCCCCUGCAGCUGCGUCUGUAGUGGGUUUAUUGUUUUGGUUUGUUUCGUUUGGCAACUCCAGCGGCGCUCAGUGUUUGUCCACGCUGGGCUCCGGAGCCUCUCUUCCCCCGUUUCUCCCUCUCUCCGGUUGUCCAAUGUGUGAAAACCUCCAACAAAAACCACAACCUUGCAUGUACUACCAACACUGAAGCUGCACCUAGCAUGAUGACAAACUUUUAAAGGACUCGUGUAGAAAAAAAAAAUAAAACUGCUAAAGAUA